AUGUCAAAGUUUGCCAAAAAACGAUGGGAUAAGAUGACAACUAAUCUUGUUGAAUCAUUCAAUGCUUGGCUGAAGGAGGAACGUCAUUACACAAUUUUCAACUUAGUAAUGACACAUAUGGAUAAGUUUGCUCAUCUAGCAUGUGAUCAUAUGGGUUCUACAGAAAAUUGGAAAGCUGCAAUUGGCCCAAAGACCGAGGAAAAGUUGUUGGAAAACAUUAUAAAGAGUGGGUCAUUGCCUGUAUAUCCCUAUGUUGGUGGUGUGUUUAAGGUAUUCAAUAUGAAAGUAUAUGUAGACGUGAAUUUGAGAGAGCGUACAUGUACUUGUAAGGCUUGGCAAAUGGCCGGAAUACCUUGUGAGCAUGCAUGUGCAGCAAUACGCCAGAUGAAACAAGAUGUUUAUGAAUAUGUUGACUCAUAUUUCAAGCUUCCAAUGCAAGAGUUGAUAUAUUCUGGACACUUCAAUUCAAUUCCAAAUCACAACAUGCCUAUAGUUGAUGCUGAUGGAUGUGUUCGUGAUGCUCAAGGUCGCUUAUAUCCUUCACUUAAACCUCCAUGCUCAAAACGACCACCUAGAAGGCCUCGACACCGUCGAAUAGAGUCUCAAUUUAGUUCAAAAAGGCUUAUCUUCUGUUCACGAUGUCAAGUUGCAGGCCAUAAUCGAGCUUCAUGCAAAAAUCCAUUACCCGCUCCAUGA